CAAAAACUUUCCUAAAGUUAGGAGAUUAGGAACAAUGCCGCGACCUUUGAAUAACAAAGUAAACUACCUAGGUUCGCGAAGUGAGUCCCAAUGAUACUUGUAGUUCGUACCUCAGAUACAAGUUCAUAAGAGAUCCCGACGAAAAUUUAAGUUUGCUUUGCCUUAGAGAAAUUUUUUAUUCUUCAGUGCUUUGAAAUGAAUACUCUACUUAGUAAGCCGAACCUCGCAAAGGACAAUUUUUAUGAGUUGCUGGGUGUUAGCAAAGAUUCAACGGAAGAUCAGAUCCUUUAUGAAUAUCGCAUAAAAGCUAGAGAGCUCCAUCCAGAUAAAAAUUCGGAACCAAACUCAGCUUCACUUUUUCAGAAAAUUCAGAAAGCUAAAGAAGUUUUGACUAACUCAAACCUCCGUAGCAUGUAUGAUACCUGGUUGUUCAGCAAUAUAUCUGUUUCUUUUGAACAAUAUCUUGGUUUACAGAAAAAUUUUGAAGAGUGUAUGCACUGGUAUUCCAAUGCUAAUAAAACCCCUCGGAUGUUGGAUAGUACUUCAGAUUCCGACGGGCGUUUUAUAAACGAAAAUAAUUCUGAUAAGCUUCUUAAUAUUGUGAAGCUCUUUCGUGAGUAUGAAAUCUGAGUAAACGAAUUUUAAGUGAUUUUACUCACAACAAUAACUUCAUUUUAUUUAAUUCAAAUACUAUUCUUUCAUCAUUUUUAAUCAAGUUUCUUCCAUCUCUCACUUUCACAAAAUCUCGUGUAUCGUUUUAGCUUUACAUCAAGUUAUUCAUCCCUGACAAUAGAAUAGCUACCUCGAUGUUGUACACUUUAAGCUGUGUUUGAUUCACAAGUUCUCCCUCUGAAAGAUCUACUUGUAAUCUUUGUGGAGGAGACUAUAAAAUAAAUAAUAAUCUUGA